UGGAGAGCUGCAGACACAGCAGGGGGCCAUGGAGGAGCUGGAGGCUGCCCUGCGGCAGGAGCGGGAGAGCCUGGGGGAGGAGAUUCGCAAGAAUGCACUGGUCCAAGGGGACAACCAGAACCUCAGAGCAGAGGUGGAGCGGCUGACGCAGACACACUCCCAUCUGGGGCAGGAGUAUACCAUCUUGCAGCAGCACUUGAAGGAGCUCAAGACAUCCCUGAAAGAGACACAGCUGGAGCUGAACAGCUGGCGGGCACGAUAUGACCAGCUGAAGGAGCAGCACCAAGGCCUGGACAUCUCCUUCACCAAGCUGGAGAACCAGUGUGAGCUGUUGACUCGUCUGAAGGGGAACCUCGAAGAGGAGAACCACCACUUGAUGGGGCAGAUCCAGGUCCUGGGCCAACGGAAUCAGGCCCUACUGGAGCAGAGCAUUGAGAGCAAGGAGCUGUACCAUGAGGAACAGAAACAGUACAUUGACAAACUGAACACACUUCGGCGUCAGAAGGAAAAGCUGGAGGAGAAGAUUAUGGAACAGUACAGAUUCUACGAUCCAAUUCCAAAAAAGAAGAACCACUGGAUUAGUGCAAAAGCCUUGGUAAAAAUAAUGAAACCGAGGAAGGACAGUCUACAGGAACGUGCCCAGAAUGUCCCAGAAAUGUCCUUAUCACCGCCUUUGUCCCCUGGCUGUCCCGGUGGGGCGUCCCCACCUCUGCCUCCCCGGCAGUCCUGCCUUAGUCUGGAGUCUGUGGCCUCCCAUUCAUUGGUGGAGAAUUGCAUCGCCUCCCCCACAGCUGCACCUAACCACAAUGCCAAAGCACCCAAACGGUUCCCCUUUCGGAAGAGUAAGAGCCAUGAGAGGAUGAAGCCUUCUGGGACGUCCCCCCCCCGGCACUCUCUGCCCAGCCGCCUGCGCUUCUGGUCCUCCUCCGACACCCUGUCCAGCCCCAAGGAGCCCCUCUCCUUUUCCCCGAUUGGCCAGUUUUGACACACUCAGCAUCCAAUCCA